GCCUUUGGCGAUCUGUCUAUUAAUCUGUGGUAGCGCCAUUAAAUCCAUUUUUAGGAAUUACAAACAUUUGUUACUGUCGGUUAAAUCGUCACAUGGUGUGUGUCCGUGCUAUCAAGAUAACGCGAUUGACAGUUAUGUAUAAUGAUGCGAAUUGUAUGCGAGAUUUGGGGUGAUUUGCAUAAGAUUAAUAAGAUAUUUCUGACCAAAUCGAAAAAUAUUUCGUCCUGCUCAUCGUUUUCGUCAAAUGACUUCGGAAAUCGGCGAAGUAAAAUAAAUUGACAUCAAGAAACGUAUUUGUAUAUGUCAAAGUCGUUUGCGUUGGACGCAUAAUCAUGUCGAAUUCAGAUAAAAAAUCCAAUGAACCGUAUCGUCAAUUGGAUGAAUUACAAGGCUCUGAAUUAAAUGUUGGCGCUCAGAGUACGUCAAGUUCUCAUACGAAUUUUGAAAAUGGUACUGAACGAUCAAUGGAACUUUCUUCCGUUGUUGUUAUACCAGAUGAUACCUUUACUGUGGUGCAAGCUAUCAAUGCUUUAGGCUUUGGAAAAUUUCAAGUAAAAUUGUCUUUAUUCACGGGUCUUUGUUGGAUGGUAGAUAGUAUGGAAAUCACAAUACUGAGUAUCCUAAGUCCAUCCUUACAUUGUGACUGGGGCAUUUCUAGAUACCAACAAGCAUUGACCACUACGGUGGUUUUUCUUGGCAUGAUGUUAAGCUCUACUUUCUGGAAUAAUUUGAGUGACAGAUAUGGUCGUAAACAAGCUUUAACUUUAUGUUCAGUACUAUUAUCUUACUAUGCAUUUUUAAGUUCAUUUGCACCAAACUUUCUCUGGAUUCUAUUGCUUAGAGGAGUUGUAGGAUUUGCUAUUGGUUGUGUACCACAAUCGGUGACAUUAUAUGCAGAGUUUUUGCCUGCAAAGCAACGAGCAAGAUGUGUUAUUCUACUAGAUUGUUUUUGGGCCCUUGGAGCUUGUUUUGAAGUAGCAAUUGCAUUGAUCGUUAUGCCCAAUCUUGGCUGGAGAUGGCUUCUUAUAUUAUCAUCCAUUCCAUUAUUUAUAUUUGCUGUAAUAUCGCCGUGGCUACCAGAAUCUACAAUAUUCGAUAUGACAACUGGAAAAACGGAUCGUGCGAUUUCGACAUUGGAACGUGUAGCUAGAGAAAAUAAGAAAUCAUUACCUCUAGGAAGAUUAGUUAUGGACCGAUUUUAUCAAGCUCAUCAUGGUCGAUUAAAGGAUGUUUUAAGCAAAGAGAUGUGCAAAACAUCCACGUUACUUUGGCUUGUGUGGAUGAGUACAGCAUUUUGUUACUAUGGAAUAGUGUUAAUGACUACUGAACUCUUUCAUACAUCCUCGGAGCAAUGUGGCACACGAGACAUGAACAAAGAUGAUAGUACGUGCCAACUUGAUUGCCGAUUACAGCGUGGCGAUUACAUUGAUUUGCUUUGGACAACAUUGGCAGAGUUUCCGGGCAUUUUCUCUACCGUCUUUGCGAUCGAGAAAAUAGGUAGACGAAAGACGAUGGCCUGCCAGUUAGUAAUGUUCGCUGUGGUGAUUUGUUUUUUGAGUAGGACCUGCUUGUUAAGCAGAGCGGCGUUGACUAUCGCCAUUUUCCUAGCCAGAGGUUUAAUCGCUGGUGUAUUUCAAGCCGCGUAUGUGUAUACACCGGAAGUGUACCCUACCCAUUUACGAAGCAUAGGCGUAAGCGCAUGCAGUGCCAUGGCGCGAAUUGGUGCUAUGGUCACUCCUUAUAUAGCGCAAGUAUUUCUACAAUGGUCCAUUACAGGAGCUAUGGCCAUUUAUGCAGGAACCGCAUUGUGCGCUGCAAUUGCUACACUUGCGCUUCCUCAAGAUCCAAAUGAGGAUACUGAGUGGAACGACAUUCUCAGAAGAAAAGGUAUUAUACCUGAAAAGAAGAAAGAACAAGAAGUUACUGAAGAUCAAAUAGUAAAUCUGUUGGAGAGUACUAUAGAUGAAAAAACAGGACGUGUUCCUAAUAAUUUAGAAGAAAAAACUGUGGACGAGUUAGAUGAACUGGAGGACGAAGAGGAUGAACGAAUUCUGGAAGAAUAUCGACAGAAGAGGAUAGCUGAAAUGAAGGAACUAGCAAACAAGUCCAAAUAUGGAGAAGUACGAGAAAUAUCUGCGGAAGAUUAUGUUCAAGAAAUUAAUAAGGCUGAGGAGGACGUAUGGGUUAUUUUACAUCUUUAUAAAUCUGGCAUUCCGCUCUGUACUCUAGUCAAUCAGUACCUUGCCAGUUUAGCGAGAAAAUUUCCUACUACAAAGUUUUUGAAAAGCAUCUCUACUACAUGUAUUCCCAAUUGGCCUGACAACAAUCUUCCUACAAUAUUCAUUUAUCAAAAUGGAAAUAUGGUGAAACAAAUUAUUGGACCACUUGAAUUCCGUGGCAUGAACUUGUCUGAAGCAGAAUUGGAAUGGAUGUUGGGACAAGAAGAGGCCAUACCAACAAAGAUUAAGGAAGAUCCUCGACCCAAGGUCAGAGAUGUCUUAUUCUCAACUUUAAAGAUUAAUGAUGAAGAUGCUAAUGAUUGGUAAUUUCAUAUUGUGAGAUUAACACAUGAUUAUAUAUAUAAUAAGCAUUCAAAUUAACAUCUUAU